GGCGAUAACGGUCAAAAUUUGAGUUUGCUGUUCUCGCUUUGAGCUGAGCUGGUUGAAUGAAUCGCGCGUUGUCUGUUCGUACUGGAGGCAAGGGUAGCGGCGAACAUGGCUGCGGCUGUGGAUACACGGCAGUCGCCGCGGCUACUGGCCGAGGCGCAGCGUUUGCUUCAAAAUUUCGCGGGCUUGAAGCAAAGAUACGCUUCCUAUCGAAAGCAGACAGCACCCGUCGCUGAUGUGCUGAUUCCUGCAUCACCGAGCCAUGGACCGGCCAUGGAACCGACACCCGCACCAAUUGUGGUCAAUGACGCGUCUCCACCGAGCCAAGUCGCUUCCAGCGGGCUCACGCGCGAAGAUGUUGAGCUUAUUCGUGGUUUACGGUGGCAAGGUGAAGCCGCGCUCGAUGCAGAUGCCCUGAGCAGCUCCACCCAUCACUUGCCUGCGUACGGCGACGAGGCUGAAACCAGCCUGCGCUCCUUCUUCCCAAGCCAAGGAUCGCCUAUGCAAUAUCAAGAGAGGUCGCUCGAGAUGCGUGAUGUCGAUCGACAUCAAGCCCCGCAGCAUCUUGAUCGUUGGCGUGCCGCAGUUCGGAUCCAAGCCGCCUGGCGAGGCUACCACACACGGACACGAGACCGACGCGUGCUGGCCAUGCGCCGCGAAAUUCGCCUGCAACGCAUGGAAAAUCACAUUCUUGCUACCGAGGAGCGCUGCACCCGGUACGAUGAACUUGCCACGUUCUUGCCCUUGAUCCACAGCGCGGCAUGCACCGGCACAACAUGUGCUUGUCAGCUGAUGACCACACGCAUUGAUAGCCUGGAAAACGAGCGUGACUGGAUUGCAACGCAGUGGCGCCAGCAGAGCCUGCAGCUGGCCGAGCUGCGCCACGAGGUACACGGUGCUCUUGUGUACCAACCCUGA